UCCGCAUCAUGCGUCGGCUUCGCUGCGAAUCAGCUCAGCGGUCAGAAGCUCCCGUCGCUCGCGUCGAACGCGUCGCCCAAGCAGCUGCGACGGCCGACGACGGUGAUUGAGGCAACGGCAGCACCGGCCGCCGUCGCAAAGAAGGCUUCUGCGAAGAAGGGCGACGUCGCACGAGUCGGAGUGCUCGGAGCAAGCGGAUACACUGGCGCUGAGAUCGUUCGUCUGCUGGCCGUGCAUCCGUCGCUGCAAGUCACUCUCAUGACGGCGGAUCGCAAGGCCGGGCUGCCGCUCUCCUCCGUCUUCCCUCACCUCAUCUCCCAGGUGGAUCUCCCCAACAUGGUCGCCGUGAAAGAUGCGGAUUUCUCCCAGGUGGACGCUGUCUUUUGCUGCCUGCCCCACGGCACCACUCAGGAAAUCAUUGCAGCGCUGCCCGAGCACCUGAAGAUUGUGGAUCUGUCUGCUGAUUUCAGGCUGAGGGACGUGAACGAGUAUGCACAGUGGUAUGGCGGCGAGCACAGGGCGCCCAAGCUGCAGGAAGAGGCAGUGUACGGGUUGACUGAGAUCUACAGAGACGCAGUCAAGGCUGCUCGCCUGGUGGCCAAUCCCGGAUGCUAUCCCACGUCCGUCCAACUCCCGCUCAUCCCGCUGCUUCAGUCCAAGCUCAUCCUGCCAGACGGAAUCAUCAUUGAUGCCAAGUCGGGAGUGAGUGGAGCAGGGCGCGGAGCCAAGGAGGCGAACCUGUACACAGAGGUGGCAGAGGGCAUUCACCCCUACGGAGUGACCAACCACAGGCAUGUGCCGGAGAUUGAGCAGGGUCUGAAAGAGUUUGCUGGGGGAGCGGAUGUGACUGUCAGCUUCACUCCCCACCUCAUGCCCAUGGCACGUGGCAUGCUGUCAACCAUCUACGUCCAGAUGGCACCUGGGACAACAGUGGACGACCUGAGAGAACACCUGAUCAGCAGAUACCAGGAUGAGGAGUUUGUGGUGGUGUUGCCCAAGGGGAUUGUGCCGCACACACGCCAUGUGAGGGGGUCCAACUACUGCCUGGUCAAUGUCUUCCCGGACCGCAUUCCCGGCCGUGCAAUCAUCACCUCCGUGAUUGACAAUCUGGUGAAGGGUGCAUCCGGCCAGGCUCUUCAGAAUCUCAACAUUAUGCUUGGAUUGCCAGAGACUGAGGCGUCCGAGCGUCUCCCCGUGUGGGACUCGGGCCUGCUUGAUGACGUGGAGGAGCAGCUGACGCGGCGAGCGCUCGCGCAGCUGGAUAAGGAUGAUGAGCUGGCAGCCGUCGGGAGGACGCAUGUCGUGGCGUUCCUGUUCAUCGUGCGAGGCGCGCUGCCGCUCGCGCCUGUUUGGGAGAGAUUCUUUAAAGGCCACCAGGGGCACUACUCGGUGCACGUGCAUGUGUCAACUCCCAACUUCCGUCCCCCUCCCCCCCACCCCUGCAACCCCGCAGGGCCACCAGGGGUGGGCCACCAGGGGCGGUACUCGGUGCACGUGCAUGUGUCAACCCCGAACUUCACUCUCGACGACUUAUCAGGCACAUCAGAAGACGCUCUUUCCCUCUUCCCCUCCUCCUCCACCCCCUCCCUACAAGGUGAUCAGGGGUGGUACUCGGGCCACCAGGGCCGCUACUCCGUGCACGUGCAUGUGUCGACGCCCAACUUCACUCUGGAUGACGUGGUGGACUCGCCCAGCUUCUACUCCCAAACUACACCCUCUUCCUCCCACUUCCACUCCUUCAUCUCCCCCCCCACAGGGCCACCAGGGGCGCUACUCGGCGCCUCUCACAUGACGCCCAACUUCACUCUGGACGAUGUGGUGGACUCCCCCAGCUUCAAGGGCACUCAGGUGCCGGGAGUGCAGACGAAUUCUGAGACGCCUCAAAGAGGCUUUAAGGGAAGUCAGGUGCCGGGAGUGCGGGUGAGCAUGCCCAUGCCCGUACCCAUGCCCAUUCCCAUGCCCAUGCACGUACUCAUGCCCAUACCCAUGCCCAUGCCCGUACCCAUGCCCGUUCCCAUGCCCAUGCCCGUACCAAUGCCCAUUCCCAUGCCCAUGCACGUACUCAUGCCCAUACCCAUGCCCAUGCCCAUGCCCGUACCCAUGCGCAUGCCCAUGCCAUGCCCGUACCCAUGCGCAUGCCCAUUCCCCAUCCAGAUCUCAUGGGGCGGGCCGAAUUUGAUUCGAGCAGAGAAACGGCUCCUGGCUGCCGCCCUCGAGGAUCCGGGGAACCAGAGAUUCGUGCUCGUGUCGGACAAGUGUCUCCCCAUCUUCAACUUCAACUACGUGUGGGACUACCUGUUCGCCACCAACGUCAGCUUCAUCACCAGAAGCUCAUUUCCCCCAAACCCCCUUCCGAGAAACAUCCUCUUUGCCCUCUUAUCCAACUUCCUCCUUGCCCACUCCCCUCUUUUCACGUUCCGCAGCUAUGAGAGCGGGUGGCGGUGGGUGUUCACCAUGGCUCCAACGAUCAAGCGGCACCAGUUCAGAAAGGGGUCGCAGGUGAGCAGAGCAGACUGUUAUGGGGAUGUUGAAGUGCAAGUGUGUAAGGAGUGA